GCUGAAAUGCGUUGCCGCUGCGGAACGUAAACUCGGUUUAUAUUUGGCUUAAAGGAGACGUAACAAAGAGCACAAAAUGGUUGUGCUCCAGGCCCGGGCAAAUAAGUAGGUUUACUAUAGCUUUAAGAACGCGAAAACAGUGUCUGCUUCUUUAAAAUUAUAUAGGUUUAUUGCUGAAUAGAUAAUUAAGAAAAGUUUUCAAUUUAUAAUCAAUAAAUAUAUGUGUUUUAUUUGCGACGAACCUAACGCAUUCACAGAAAAUGUCCCACUGUUCGAUAAAGGCCGCUUGCAAUCAAAACGUCUUUAAACCAGAUGUGGUUCGCCUGUCGUCGACUUGCAUUUAACGGUAAGCCUGCUUGACUUUAAGCGCAAUUGUAACCAGGCCCGAGUGUCCUCGCGGUUAUGGAACCGGCCGGUGACCGAAUCGGGGAUGUAAAUAAAGGUGAAGAGCCGGCGCAGGACAAGGCCGCGGCUCAGACCCCGGCCACCAGUACGGCCGUCACGCCGCGCAGGGGGCUCCGAGAGCGGGCGGCGGGUGGCCGGAGGUCCGCCGUCUCUGCCUCAGACAUUAACGGGGCUGCGAGCCCGCAGAACUCUGGACGGGUUUUGAGAGACAGGUCAACGAGGGCGGUACCGGCCUGGCUCAAGGACACGAAGAGCGACGAGGACGACGACGAAGGCGAACCGAGCCCGGACACCGGUGCGGCCAAGCGGAGGAAAGUUUCCAACUCCAAGCGGAAGAAAAAUUCCGACUCUGCGGCUUCAGCCUCCGCUGAAGAGGGGGUCGCAGGUGACAGCCCUCAAGGCACAGACUCAGAGGACCCAAAAAAACCUGCCACAGAUGCUCAAGCUCCCAGCUCCAGACGCACCCCGGCCCAGACUCGAGCCAAGCCCCCGUCGGGCAGGACCGUCCGCGGCUCCGCCAAACCCGUGUGCAAGACGGAACCUGGAAUGGAGAAUCCAGCUGAAGCAGACGUAAAUGAUAAAGAGAAGUGUGAGAUUAAAAAGAAAGAGGAAGAAAACAAAAAGACUGCUAAAACAGUAUUGGAUGAUGAGGACCCUCCAUUUCAGGAUGACCCGAAGGACCCCAACUACCAGCCACAGAAUCAGAGUGGUGUGGAAGAGGAAGAGGGCCUCAGCAGUGAUGAAGAUGUUCCAUUUAGAGAUGACCUAAAUGAUGAAAGCUAUGACCCGAAGGGUGAAAGGGAAGUUCCGAAACCAAAGCGCAGAGCUCCUCCAAGACAGAAAGAGAAGAAAGACAAGGAGAAGGCACCUAAAAAAGAGAAAGACACCACUGAGAUAAAGAUAGAAGGAACCGACAGCUUGGAGAGUGUGGAAGAGGAAGUAAAGCUAGAAGAAGUUGUGGAGGACCCAGAUGGACCCAGAAAGAGAGGACGGCGGAAAAAAGAUGACAAAACUCCACGGUUGCCAAAGAGAAGGAAGAAGCCUCCAGUACAAUAUGUGCGCUGUGAAAUGGAAGGAUGUGGGACUGUCUUGGCUCAUCCACGUUACCUACAGCAUCAUAUAAAGUACCAGCAUUUGCUCAAGAAGAAGUAUGUUUGUCCUCAUCCAUCAUGUGGAAGGCUUUUCCGCCUACAGAAGCAGCUGCUGCGUCAUGCAAAGCACCACACAGAUCAGAGGGAUUACAUCUGUGAGUUUUGUGCUCGUGCCUUUAAGAGCUCCCACAACUUGGCUGUGCAUCGCAUGAUCCAUACAGGAGAGAAACCUCUACAGUGUGAGAUCUGUGGCUUUACCUGUCGCCAGAAGGCGUCUCUCAAUUGGCAUAUGAAGAAGCAUGAUGCUGAUGCCACUUAUCAGUUUUCUUGCUCCAUUUGUGGCAAGAAGUUUGAAAAGAAGGAUUGUGUGGUGGCCCAUAAGGCCAAGAGUCACCCUGAGGUGCUAAUCGCUGAGGCACUCGCAGCCAAUGCUGGGGCACUCAUCACAACCCCUGCCUCCUUGUUAGAGCUGCCAGGAAACCCCAUGCAAGCAGAGGUUACAAACCUAGACAUGAGCCAAGUAGGGCAGGAAGGCCAGAUGGACCAGCUGAGCCAAGAAGGGCAAAUGGGGCAGCAAGUGGCCCAGGUGUCCCAGAUGGGCCAUUUAACGCAGCAAGUCAGUCACCAAGUGGUUUUACUAGGACAAGACCAGAGCCUUCAUACUAUGCAGGUGCCAGUGACAAUUGCCCUGUCCCCCAUUGACCCACCUUCUCCUGCUGACAACCAGCAGCAGACUCACCUGCAGCUGCAGAUGCCCGUCCAGUUUGUACAGACUGCUCAGCAGCCACAGCAGUCCCAAAUUCAACAACUGACCCUCCAUUCCAGCUCAGUGGUGACCCAACACCAGCUCCAGCCUCUUCAGUCCUUUUCCUCCCAAGAGCAGAACCAGGGACAGGCACAAAUCCUACAAAUGACUUUCCAGUCAGUCAACCAGCCCCAGACCCACAUUCAGCAGAUCCCUAUACUAGCAAGCUCACAGCAUCUUCAGACCCUACAAACAGCCACUCCAAGCCCUCCUCUCCUGUCUACAGCUCAUGCCCAGUCCCAGGAUCCAACCAACACAAAUGGGGACACUUAUAUUCUAGAUAGUCCGGUGCUCACUUCCUCCUCCCAGUCAGUCAACUCCCUCCAGCAGACAGAAGCUGUGAGAGAAGACGGUGUAGUCUGGGAACAGUCGGGACAAGGGGAAGUUCUGGCUGACAGCACUGAAAGACGUGUCCAGCAGGCUCCUGUGUAACACAAGAAUGGUGGCGAUGAUAACAUCAUCAGUGACCUGUACUGUAUGAGAUGAUUGAAGUAAAUGUAGGAUCACCAAUAUAUUAUGUACUGUUCACUCAUAGUCACAUUUGGUAGCUUUUUAGAUGACGUGUAUCAGGGAAAAUAUGUUUGUGUCUGUUUGUUGUUGCCUUUGUACAUAACAGUCCUGUGAACUUAACUAGCCUUUUAUGUGAGUAUGUGUAUUGAUGCUGAGGUUGUGUUGCAAAGCUGUUGCUAUUAUGCAAUAAUAUAGCAUACCUCUUAGUAAUAUAUAGCACAUCAUAUGCCAGGUGUGUGGCAUUGAUAUAGUUCCUACUUGAAUGAAUCAAUUUAAUUUAUAUAAUACAUUUAAAAAUCAGAACUCGCAUUAGAGAGCUAUAAAAAGGCCCCGGUUUGUGUGGGGUGAGAUAAUUAGACAGACGCUUUUAUCAUUAAUUGUCCAAAACUGGUAAAACAUUUAUUUAGCAACAGUUAAAUGACAAACAGGUGAGGGUGUUUCACUGACCUGUUAAUAUUUUGACAGUAUCAUUAAACCUGUUUUGAACUAUAUUUCCUUAGCUAUAUAGGCUUAAUUAAAGAAAAUUAUAAUAAUGCAUAUAUGUUUUUGUACUAUUUACUAAAAUAGUAUUAAAACAGUCAAAAGAUUCUUUAAAUAACAGCAAGCACAGUCACAAAGGUUUUAGUCACCUAAUGAUUUGUAAUGUACUAAAUCAGCAGCCCACUGGUUUGUGUUAUAGGAUGUGUGAUAGAGAAAACACCAAAAACUGUUCAUUUAUAUAAUGUAAAUAAAUGUCUUAACAUUUA